AUGGAAACUUUGCAAAAAGAACAAAACGAAUUACAAGAACUAAUAAUUGCUAGACAAAAAUUAGAAACUCAAUUUCAAGAGAAUAAAAUAGUACAAGAGGAGUUAAAGAAGACAACAGAUGAAUCUAACAUUUAUAAAUUGACUGGAGGAGUAUUAUUACCAGUGGAAAAAAAUGAAGCUGAAAUUAAUGUUGAUAAAAGAUUAGAAUUUAUCAAAGAAGAAAUCGAAAAAUGUGAAAAAAAUAUUCAAAACAAACAAACAUCAUUGGAAAAAUUAAAGAACGAAUUACUAAGUCAUCAGCAAUCAUAA